AUGGCUGAAAGUGACUUGCUAGCGCUUACUAAAGUAAUAUAUGGAGAAGCGAGGGGGGAACCAUACGAGGGGAAGGUAGCAGUCGCUCACGUGGUGCUGAAUAGAGCCAGAUCGAACGGCACAAGUAUCCAAGCUGAAGCCAGCAGAGCGUUUCAGUUCGAGGGGUAUGCUGCUGCAGGAGGAAUGCCGGAAACUGGUGCACGAGCAGACUGUGAACGGAUCGCUUCAGACGUGAUUGCUGGAAGAACCAGUGAUCCAACCCACGGAUCACGACACUUCUGCACUGUGGAUUAUUAUCCCGACUGGGCUGCUGGAAAGCAACCCUGCGCAGUGAUUGGCAGACACAAAUUUUUCAACAAUGUCCAAUGA